UUCUACUACUUUUUCAAGUCACCAACAGUGCAACCUCUGUAAGAGUCAGAAAGUCUAACAUCAUAUGCGCGGUGGCCAUUUUGAAAAUUAUUAAAGAGUCUGAAUAAACCAAAAAUAAAUGGAAUGAAAAGUCUUUCAGCUUUCAAAUUCCUCUCUCACUCUUUCUUAAUCAUUUCAUAUUUUUCAAUUCUUUUUCUUUCAAUUCUGCAAUCUUUUCCUGUGUUUUUUCCCCUUCUAAAUCAAAAUACUUUCUCCCAUACGCUUGUUUUGAUUCUGCUUCUUUUCUCAAUUUCCAUUCAUUUUGUAAAGUUCCCUUCUUUUAUCAAAAUUUAAUUUAAUUAUACUCUUGAUUACAAAUAAAGCGAACCCUUUCUUUAAAUAUCCUUAUUAGAUCAGGGAGUUGUUGAUUAUGCAAUUAUGAUCCCAUAAUACCCUUUUCUUCAUCUCUCUUGUAAUAUCAAGCUGUGUUUGUCUUUGUCAAAGCUAACUUCCCAAACGGGUUUUGUCUAUUGCUGUUGUUUGAUUGAUUCUUUUGAAUAGAAAAUAUAAGAAACGGGUCGAUUUUGAUAUUAUUAUUCUGUUUUGGGUUCUAAAGAUUUAGUUGGUUUAAUUUAUUUUCAAGUGAGGUUGAGCUUUUUGCGUUUGUUCUUGGAGAAAUGAGGCUUCUGGUUCGGGUAAUAGAGGCAAGAAAUUUGCCAGCAAUGGAUCUAAAUGGGUCAAGUGAUCCCUAUGUGAGAGUGCAGCUGGGAAAGCAGAAGUUCAAGACCAAAGUGGUAAAGAAGAACUUGAAUCCGAAUUGGGGAGAGGAAUUCUGUUUUAAGGUUGAGGACUUGAACGAGGAGCUUGUAUUCUCUGUGUUAGAUGAGGACAAGUACUUCAAUGAUGACUUUAUCGGGCAACUUAAAGUGCCAGUGUCGCUAAUUUUUGAUUCGGAUAGUAAGUCUCUUGGCACUGCUUGGUACGCUCUGCAACCGAGAAACAAGAAGUCCAAGAACAGGGACUGUGGUGAAAUUCUUUUAGGUAUAUGUUUUUCUCAAAAUAAUGUGUUUGUUGACCUGAACCAUAAUGGUGAUCAUGGAUUGAUAAAGGAUGCAGAUUUAGUAACGGAAGCUCCUUCUAGGUCAUCUAGUGGGCCCUCAAACUCAUCCUCUCCGGGGAGAUCUGAGGAGGUUGCGCCCUCUAAAGAGGAAAAGUCUGGUGCACAAAAAAAUUUUGCCGCCAGAAUUGUUCAAAUGUUCAAUAAAAAUUCAGAUACAGCACCAACUGCUGGUGAUAGAGGCAUUGACAAUUCAGAGCCACCUGAAACUGUUGGUCCUGAGGUUUGUGAUGACGAGUCGAAUGAUCCCUUGUCUCCUGGUGACUUUGUAGAAAUCAUGAGAACAAUGGAAUCAAAAGAUAUGGGAAAUGAAAUUCCAAGCAAUCUACCAGGAGGGGUCCUUGUAGACCAGUUAUAUAUGAUUGCUCCCCAAGAUUUAAAUUUUCUACUCUUUUCACCUGAUUCAAGUUUUCCAAGAUCAUUGGCAGAUCUUCAAGGGAAUACAGAGCAACAAUUUGGUACUUGGAAAUUUGAGAAUGGUGGUGAGAACUUGAAAAGAGUUGUUACUUAUAUUAAGGCUGCAACCAAAUUAAUUAGGGCUGUGAAAGCCACUGAGGAACAUACAUAUCUAAAAGCUGAUGGAAAGGUUUUUGCUAUUUUAGUGAGUGUGAGCACUCCAGAUAUUGUAUAUGGGAGCACCUUUAAAACUGAAUUGCUGUACUGCAUUACACCUGGCCCUGAGCUGCCUUCGGGAGAACAAACUUCACAUUUGGUAAUAUCCUGGAGAAUGAAUUUUUUGCAGAGCACCAUGAUGAAAGGGAUGAUAGAAAAUGGAGCAAAACAAGGUCUAAAAGAUAGCUUCGAACAGUUUGCGUCUUUAUUAUCUCAAAAUGUUAAGCCAGUUGAUUUGAAGGAGACAGGAUCCACUAAGGAACAAGUUUUGGCUUCAUUGCAGGCUGAACCCCAGUCAGAUUGCAAACUGGCUGUACAAUAUUUUGCUAACUUUACUGUAGUGACCACAGUUUUUAUUGGAUUGUAUGUAUUUUUCCAUAUCUGGCUAUGCCCUUCCAGCCCAAUUCAAGGGCUUGAGUUUGUGGGACUUGAUUUACCAGAUUCAAUUGGUGAACUCAUUGUGUGUGGUGUCCUGGUUCUUCAAUGUGAAAGGGUGCUAGGGUUAAUUUCUCGUUUCAUGCAGGCCAGAGUGCAAAAAGGAAGUGAUCAUGGAGUCAAAGCACAAGGGGAUGGGUGGCUGCUUACUGUUGCCUUGCUUGAGGGAAGUAAUUUGGCAGCUGUUGAUUCAAGUGGCUUUUGUGAUCCAUAUGUGGUAUUCACCUGUAAUGGGAAAACUAGAACCAGCUCAAUUAAGUUCCAGAAAUCUGAUCCUCUGUGGAAUGAAAUAUUUGAAUUUGAUGCAAUGGAUGAGCCUCCUUCUGUGCUGGAUGUGGAAGUUUAUGAUUUUGAUGGGCCUUUUGAUGAAGCAGCGUCUUUGGGACAUGCUGAAAUUAAUUUUGUGAAAUCAAAUGUUUCUGAUCUUGCUGAUGUGUGGGUUCCUCUUCGAGGAAAGUUAGCACAAGCAUGUCAGUCUAAGCUGCAUCUAAGAAUUUUCUUGAAUAACACAAGAGGUAGUAAUGUUGUUAAAGAGUACUUGAAUAAGAUGGAGAAAGAGGUGGGGAAGAAGAUAAAUUUGCGUUCUCCACAAACAAAUUCAGCCUUUCAAAAGCUCUUUGGGCUUCCACCUGAGGAAUUUCUCAUCAAUGAUUUCACCUGUCACCUAAAGCGAAAAAUGCUCUUGCAGGGUCGUUUAUUUUUGUCAGCAAGAAUAAUUGGGUUCCAUGCAAAUUUGUUUGGGCAGAAGACUAAAUUUUUCUUCCUUUGGGAGGAUAUAGAAGAUAUCCAAGUGUAUCCUCCUACAUUAUCAUCAAUGGGUAGUCCUACUAUUGUUGUGACUCUCUGGCAAGGCAGGGGUAUGGAAGCCAGACAUGGGGCCAAGACACAAGAUGAAGAGGGAAGGCUGAAAUUCCACUUCCAGUCUUUUGUAUCUUUCAAUGUAGCGCAUAGGACAAUCAUGGCUUUAUGGAAGGCCAGAUCGUUGUCUCCUGAACAAAAGGUGCAAAUAGUUGAAGAAGAAUCAGAAGCUAAAAGCCUCCAAACUGAAGACAGUGGGCCCUUCUUGGGUCUUGAGGAUGUCAACUUAUCUGAGGUUUAUUCUUCUGGUGUUUCUGUCUCUACCAAUUUCUUCAUGGAGCUGUUCAAUGGCGGUGAGUUGGAGCGAAAAGCGAUGGAGAAAGCUGGUUGUCUUAACUAUUCUCACACCCAAUGGGAAUUGGAGAAGGAUGAUGUGUACGAGAGGCAAAUGUAUUACAGAUUUGAUCAGCGCAUCUCUCGUUAUGGAGGAGAGGUGACUAGUACACAGCAGAAACACCCCCUAUCUGAUCGUAAAGGCUGGCUGGUUGAAGAGGUUAUAACCCUCCAUGGAGUUCCACUUGGUGACAAUUUUAAUCUUCACUUGAGAUACCAAAUUGAGGAUUUGCCCUCAAGACCAAACGGCUGUCAUGUACGCGUAUUCAGUGGAAUUGCAUGGCAGAAAAGCACUAGGCAUCAGAAAAGGAUCACAAAGAACAUUCUCUCAAAUUUGGAAGAUCGGCUGAAGGUGAUUUUUAGUGUUAUAGAGAAGGAAUUUUUGAACAGAUAGGGAUGUGCACUGCCAUGAGGUUGACACUGUGGACUUGAAGGAGCAGGUUGAUUGUCCAACUUCUGCUUUCUACAAAAAUAUUCUGUGUCCAUUUUCUCCAGGGAUUCCUGCUCACUCAUGUUAGUAUGACAUUUCUUGAUCGUGCAUACAGUUAAUGUUCCUUCAAGAAUUAUUUUUGCAUAGCUCUUGAGGCUAUAAUUUAUUCAGAGAAAUCCUAACGUUUGUUUAAACUCGAAUGGGAAACGUGGCAUGGGAAUUUAGCAUUGAACUUAAGGAGAUCAGUUUCUUCCCUUGCUGGUGGAGAUUGAAAUCUUCUGACCAAAAGCGUUUGUAAAUACUUGUACUCUUGAGUACAUAGAUUCAUUGGAGCUUCCAUUUCUUCUCUUUCAUAUCUACAACGUGCCAAAAUGAUUAAACUCCUCACCAACUGGCUUGUUAGGUGGUGGCAGAAGAAUUACAGAUAUUGUUUGUUAAUGUACUGAAUACAGAAUCAACUUGGCUUAGGGAAGUUCUGCAAGUGUAUGGAUGAAACAUAUUUUGGUGAUGAAAUCUGCUAACAAAAUCCUAUAGAUGCAAAACUUUUCUUCAGCUUAUUGAAUGUUGUUCAUCUUAUUGAAUCUGUUGAAAAGUUCUCAUGGAUUUUAUGUCUUGCUCCAGGGUCAAUGUUAAUGUAUUAGUUAGGUACUUGUAUUGAUGCCUUUUGGAAGUGGGAUUGGAAACUGUUUAUAGUGUUUCUUGUUGUUGGGUUGGCAGUGAAUUGAGUUGGAUUGGAUCCUUCUCUACUGGCAUUGUGGUGUAGUUCAUUGGAUUUUCUUGUAAAUUGCAGAUUUUUGCUGAGGCAUUGGCCAGUUGAAGGGAAACUCUCUGUAGUAGAAAGGGAGUGAUUGCAUUCUUAGUGGAUUUUAUUUUUUAAAUUUUCUAAUGAAGUGAUCAAAUUAGCUUU